CUGUGGGGGGCAGAAAUGGAGGCCUACGAAGGGGAGGCUCUCACGCCGCCCGCACCCCUGCCCCCGCCCCGCAGACUGCCCAUUCUGGCCACGGCGGUCCAGGAGGAGCUGGAGAAGGGGCUGCCCGACUCGGGGGCUCCCACGAACCAGACGGACCGACACCAGCCAGUGCUCAUGUCUCUGCUGUCCGCCCAGCUGGGCCAGAGCGCCGAGGACAUCCUGGAGAUGGAGCUGUGCCUGGCCGACACUCAGCCCGGGGUCCUGGGAGGGGCCUACGAGGAGUUCAUCUACGCCCCCCGCCUGGACAACCUGCACAGCUGCUUCUGCGCCCUCCAGGCCCUGAUCGACUCCUGCGCGGCCCCCGCCUCCCUCGCCUCGGACCCGCACAUUCGGAUGAUCGCCCUCUAUGACCACGAGGAGGUCGGGUCCGAGAGCUCCCACGGAGCGGCAUCCCUGCUGACGGAGCUGGUGCUUCGGCGGAUCUCGGCCUCACCCCAGAACCUGACGGCCUUCGAGGAGGCCGUGCCCAAAUCCUACAUGAUCAGUGCCGACAUGGCCCACGCCGUGCACCCCAACUACACGGACAAGCACGAGGAGAACCACCGCCCCCUCUUCCACAAGGGGCCCGUCAUCAAGGUGAACAACAAGCAGCGCUACGCCUCCAACGCCGUGUCCGAGGCCCUGAUCCGCGAGGUGGCCAGCCGGGUCGGGGUACCCCUUCAGGAGUUCAUGGUGCGGAACGACUCCCCCUGUGGCUCAACCAUCGGGCCCAUCCUGGCCGCCCGCCUGGGGCUCAGGGUGCUCGACCUGGGCAGCCCCCAGCUGGCCAUGCACUCCAUCCGGGAGAUGGCCUGCACCUCCAGCGUGCUCCAGACCCUCACUCUCUUCAAGGGCUUCUUCGAGCUGUUUCCUGUUGUGAACCGCAAUUUUGCAGUCAAUUGAGUUCCCUCGAGAGCUUCCCUUCCCCUCCUCACCCUGUGAACCCCAGAUUGUCAGUUCUUACCUGACUGGCUGGAAUAUUAAAGUGGAUUUUUCAUUCA